GACGGAAAGGAGUGCGUGGUGAAGGAAGUGGUACCUGGGGACAGCGUCAACAGCCUUUUGAGCAUCAUGGACGUCAUCACUGGUCACCAGCAUCCCCAGCGUACCGUGUCUGCCCGCGCGGCCCGCGACUCCACGGUGUUGCGGCUGCCGGUGGAAGCCUUCUCCGCUGUGUUCACCAAGUAUCCUGAGAGCUUGGUGCGGGUUGUGCAGAUCAUCAUGGUGCGGCUUCAGAGGGUCACCUUCCUGGCUCUUCACAACUACCUGGGGCUGACCAAUGAGCUCUUCAGCCACGAGAUCCAGCCACUCCGACUCUUCCCCAGUCCUGGGCUCCCUGCCCGCACCAGCCCUGUGCGCGGCUCCAAGCGGGUGGUCAGCACUUCGACUACUGAGGAGCCGAGGGAGGCCCCGGGCCGGCCACCCGACCCCACUGGGGCCCCACUACCUGGGCCUGCAGGGGACCCCGUGAAGCCCGCCUCCCUAGAAGCACCCUCAGCGCCCCUACUGAGCCGAUGUAUUUCCAUGCCUGUGGACAUCUCAGGCUUGCAGGGUGGCCCCCGCUCGGACUUUGACAUGGCGUAUGAACGUGGCCGGAUCUCUGUGUCCCUGCAGGAAGAGGCCUCAGGGGGGUCUCAGGCAGCCCUGGCUCGGACGCCCACUCAGGAGCUCCGGGAGCAGCCAGCAGGUGCCUGUGAAUACAACUACUGUGAGGAUGAGUCUGCCACUGGCGGGUGCCCCUUCGGGCCCUACCAAGGCCGCCAAACGAGCAGCAUCAUUGAAGCCGCCAAGCGGGAGCUGGCCAAGCUGAUGCGCAUUGAGGACCCAUCUCUUCUAAACGGUCGGGUCUUACUACAUCAUGCCAAAGCUGGCACCAUCAUUGCCCGUCAGGGGGACCAGGACGUGAGCCUGCACUUUGUGCUCUGGGGCUGCCUGCAUGUCUACCAGCGCAUGAUUGACAAGGCGGAGGACGUGUGCCUGUUCGUGGCACAGCCAGGAGAGCUGGUGGGGCAGCUGGCUGUUCUGACGGGCGAGCCCCUGAUCUUCACGCUGCGUGCCCAGCGCGACUGCACCUUCCUGCGCAUCUCCAAGUCCGACUUUUAUGAGAUCAUGCGUGCGCAGCCCAGUGUGGUACUGAGUGCCGCUCACACAGUGGCCGCGAGGAUGUCAUCCUUUGUGCGGCAGAUGGACUUCGCCAUCGACUGGACGGCGGUGGAAGCGGGGCGCGCACUGUACAGACAGGGCGACCGCUCCGACUGCACCUACAUUGUACUCAAUGGGCGGCUGCGUAGCGUCAUCCAGCGCGGCAGUGGCAAGAAGGAGCUGGUGGGCGAAUAUGGUCGCGGGGACCUCAUCGGCGUGGUGGAGGCACUGACUCGGCAGCCACGCGCAACCACGGUGCACGCAGUGCGUGACACAGAAUUGGCCAAGCUUCCAGAGGGCACCUUGGGUCACAUCAAGCGGCGGUAUCCACAGGUCGUGACCCGUCUCAUCCAUUUGCUGAGCCAGAAAAUUUUAGGGAAUUUGCAGCAGUUGCAAGGGCCCUUCCCAGGUGAGCAUGGGCCGCCAUCCCCGGGUAUGCCGAGGAUGUAG